AUGAUAGAGGAGCUCCUCUCCGCUGCGAGACAAGGAGAUGGCGAUGCCAUACGCAACCUUCUCGUCACGACGGACCGAGCCAACGAGCUCAUCAACCUGGCGAAGGACCGGAUGACCGGCGCGGGGCCGCUCCACCUCGCCGCGGAGAGCGGAUCCGUGGAGGCGAUCGAAGCGCUGUCGCGCCUCGGUUGGAGGGCGACGGCACGCGAUGCCGAGCUCGCGACCGCGCUUCACUACGCCGCCGCCAGGGGCCACGCGGCGGCGGUCGCGUCCCUGUGCGCCUUGGGCGCCGACGUCGCCGCGCGAGACGAGCGCGACUGCGUACCGCUGCACUACUCCGCGGGCGGCGGCAAGUGGGACGCCGCGAGGGCACUCCUGGUCCGAGGAGCAGACCCCAACGCUCCGGACAAGGACGAACGGACGCCGCUGCACUACGCCGCGAGGAGGGGGUGCCCAAAGACGACGGGCCUAUUGGUGAACGGCGGGUGGGGGACGCGACUCGACGCGACGAGCGCGCGAGGCACGACGGCGCUGAGCGAGGCGGUGGAACACAAGCGGGCGGCGGCGGCUGAGGUGCUGGCGGCUGCGGGAGCCGCCGUCGGCGCGGAGGACGGGGACGACCUCGCGCGACUCCUCAGGGGGGACGGAGCGACACGAGCGGGGGGGACCGGGGUGGGAGACGCGGGGAUCGGGUCGGGAGACGCGGGGACCGGGACGCUCGUGCCGGUACCCCCGCGGGCGGUUCGACCAAACUCCCCUGGUGGCGGCCGCGGGUACGCUCGCGGCGGCCGGAUCCGGUCACCGGGUACGUUCGCGCCGCCGCCUUUCCCUUCCUCGUCGCUGUCGUCCUCGGGGGCUUCAUCUCCGGCGUCGGUGUACAGCCCGCCGAGCAGCAGGCCGUCCAGCGCGAGCGACUUCGAGGGGCACGGGGGUUGGCCGGGUCGCGGCGGCCGGGUGAUGCUGGAGCCCUUGGACCACGAGCCCGCGCUGAGAGACGGGCCGGGGUGGGGCGGGAGGGACGCGCCCCCCCAUAUGGCUCCCAGGCGGGCGGGAGAUACCAAGCAGUCGUUCCUGUCGAAAUACGGGCUGGCGAACAAGGCGGGGCUGUUCCGGGUGGACGAGUGA